UAUUCAAAGUUUCAUUUUGCAAAAACACAUCUCGCUACUCUCUCUCUCUCUCUCACUCUGCCCUAACCCCAAACCCCAUGAAUGGCGAUCAAAGCUCGCCCAAACCCCACUGCUCGCCCCGAUCCCUCUUCUCUAAGUUCUGGUCAUCGACGCAACACUCCACCCCAAUCCCAGCUCUCCUCUCGCUCCCGUUCUCUUCUCCGUUCGGGCCAAGCUCAGCCCCUAACAUUGUCGUUUCUGCUCAGGCCAAGCUCGCACAAAAUAACCCUAUAUAUUCAGAAGGAUCUCUACUUCUCUCUCUGUGAUCAGCCUCUCUUCUUUGACGAGGGUAGAAAGCUAGAGCACCAGGGUAGUGGUCUUGAACCUGUUUUGGUUGCUGCAAUCCCUACCAUGAAAUUCAACCAUGAGGCCUUCAGUUCUAUAGAAGAGACACAGACAUGGCAGAAAAGCUCACACAGCAACUUUUAAAUCAUUUGGAACACAGAGGAAGGACAAGAAAGAUAAAGAAAAAGAAUGUGUUCGGUAAAAAAGACCAGCAGGUAUGGUGUUUCUCAGUGUGUACACCCACAUAUAUUUGAUAUGAUGUGUAUAAAUUUAUUUUAUAUUUAGAACAGAAUGUGUUACUGGGUUUUUUGUGGGUUUGGCAAUGUGAGCUUCGUUAAUGGAGAUUGUUGCAUUUUGAGUUUAUUUAUUUAUUUUUAUUGAGCUGUGGUGAUAAAGGUCACUGAGUCCUACAAAGGCGAGGAUCGGAGAUGUAGAACGAGCUUCUUGGUCGGGGUUUUACUUCCAAAUGUAAAUCGUCGAUUAAAUUGACCAAGACUCGAAUUGAUGUAAUAAGGAGAAAGGAAAAUGCAACUCAGAAAUUUUUGAAGAAAGAUGUUGCUGAUCUACUUGCCAAUGGCCUUAUCAAUGCUUAUGGAAGGGUAUUUUGAUUCGUUUCCAUCUUUUGUGCUUUGCUUUUGAUUCACUUAUCUUACCGUUUUUUAGCUGAGCGAAUUUCGUUAGAAAUGUAAUUUUCUUUCUUCCGUUUUGUUCUUGUGAAUAUUUAAAGAAAGAUAUAUUUGUAGUCUUUAGAAGAAAUUAGGAAGCAAGCUUGAGAUUCUGGUUAAAAUUUGUCUAUUGAAACAUUACUGUGUUAUUGUUCUAACUAACAAACUGAAAUGAUUCAAUAUGAAGAUAGUUUAAUUAUUUGAA